CCUCCUCUCUCUUUCUCAAUCUCUCUCGCUCUCUCGCUCGCUCGCUCUCUUCUCCCAAUCGCUGGCUAUCUAAAUCGCCAAUUCCCCGUCAUUUGUGGCAGUGAUUUGCCCCCGACGAAGUCUCCAGAUUCGGAAGCCAAAUUUACCUACCCAACCCCAAAUCCCUCUCUUCUUCUCUAGGUACUCGGAUCACUCGGUGGAGUAGAGUAUAGUACGAUCCUCUUCUUCGAUGGAGGAGGAGGCGAAGGGAGGAGCGGGAUCGGCGGUGGAGGCGGAGGCGGAAGCGGAAGCGGAGGCGGUGGCACCGCCGAUUCAGGCGGCGGAGGCGGAGGAGGGCGCCGAUGCGGUGGUGCAGGGGAUGGUCGAGACGGUGGAGGAGAUCUCGGCGAUGUCGGAGUUUAGGAAUGCGUAUAGGAAGCUGUUUUGUAACCUGUCGCGGCGGAUCAAGUUGCUGGCGCCGAUGCUCGAGGAGUUGAAGGAGAGUAAGGCUCCGAUCCCGGCGAAGGCGAUCGAAACCCUAGCGAGGCUCAGAGAGGCGCUGGAUUCGGCCAAGGAGCUCCUCCGCUUGGGGAACGAAGGGAGCAAGAUCUUCCUGGUUUUGGAGAUGGAUAGAAUAAUGAAGAAGUUCCAGGAAAUCACCUCUAAACUUGAGCAAGCUCUGGCUGGAAUUUCCUUUGAGGAACUUGACAUAUCGGAUGAAGUUAGGGAGCAGGUUGAGCUUGUGCAUGCUCAGUUCAGAAGGGCCAAAGAGCGGGAGGAUACAUCUGAUGCUGAGCUCUACAACGAUCUUUUGUUUGUACAUAAUAAGAGCACAGAGUCAGAUGUUGACGCUGCUAUUCUUAGAAGGUUAGCUGAAAAGUUGCAACUACUAACAAUAUCUGACCUCAAACAAGAAUCCCUAGCAUUGCACGAGAUGGUCAUAGCUAGUGGUGGAGAUCCUGGCAAUGUUAUUGAGAAGAUGGCGAUGCUAUUGAAAAAGUUUAAGGAUUUCAUGCAGACACAAGAUCCUGAAAUGGGUCCGCCAGCAAAACUGAAUGCUUUUUCCCCCAAUGGGAAGUCAGAAGCUCCCAGAAUUCCAGAUGAUUUUCGCUGCCCAAUUUCGUUAGAUUUGAUGAAAGAUCCAGUUAUUGUUGCCACCGGACAGACCUAUGAGAGAGGAUGCAUCGAGAAAUGGCUGCAGGCUGGACACCUCACGUGCCCAAAAACACAGCAAAAGCUUUCUAAUACAUCUCUGACCCCAAAUUAUGUCCUUCGGAGCCUUAUAGCUCAGUGGUGCGAGGCAAACGGCAUUGACCCUCCUAAGCGUUCCCUCCAGCCUAACAAGCCCCCCUCUGCUUGCACGUGUACUGAGCAUGCUAAAAUUAUCGACCUCCUGCAAAAACUAUCAUCCCAAAAUAUCGAAGACCAACGUUUAGCUGCCGGUGAGCUCCGCCUUCUUGCCAAGAGAAAUAAUGACAACCGUAUUUGUAUAGCCGAGGCUGGCGCCAUACCACUUCUAGUGAGCCUUUUGUGCACACUCGAUGUACGCACCCAAGAGCAUGCUGUCACUGCGUUGCUUAACUUAUCCAUCUGUGAGGAGAAUAAGGGGCGGAUUAUCAUAUCUGGGGCAGUACUCGGAAUAGUUCACGUACUAAAGAGGGGCAGCAUGGAAGCACGGGAGAAUGCAGCCGCUACCCUAUUUAGCUUAUCUGUGGUAGACGAGAACAAGGUAACCAUCGGGACUUCUGGGGCAAUACCUCCUCUUGUCUCGUUACUAAGUAAUGGCAGUCAAAGAGGCAAAAAGGAUGCUGCAACUGCACUAUUCAACCUAUGUAUAUAUCAGGGUAACAAGGGAAAAGCCGUGAGAGCUGGUAUUAUCCCAAUACUAAUGGAUCUUUUAUCGGAGCCAGGAGCCGGGAUGGUGGAUGAGGCACUGGCUAUCCUGGCUAUCUUAUCCAGCCACCCUGAGGGAAAAGCUGCUAUCGGGGCUGCUCAAGCUGUCCCUAUUCUAGUUGAAGUGAUAAGGAGUGGGUCUCCAAGGAACAAAGAAAACGCAGCAGCUGUUUUGGUGCAUCUGUGUAAUGGGGAGCAGCAGCACCUGCAUCUAGCUGAAGCACAGGAGCGGGGCAUUGUUUCUUUGCUGGAGGAAUUAGCUGAGAAUGGCACAGAUAGGGGGAAAAGAAAGGCAACACAGCUUCUCGAGCGUAUGAAUAGGUUCUUAUUGCAGCAGAAGCAGGCUCAAGCCCAAGCAGAAGCUCAGGCUCAAUCUCAGUCUCAGGCUCAAGCACAAGCUGAUCCCUCAGUGCUGCCAGCUUCUGCUGCUUUUAUUGAUGGAUGAGGUAUUUGAUGUUUUUGGCUUGCUUGUUGCAGUGAAGUGGGUGUGAUGGUUUUGAUUACAAGGCAUGCAGGUGGAAGAUCGCCUGCCAGGCUUCCUCAUUAGUUCUAAGUUUGUUUCCAUAUCCGUGUUGGUGAGUUUAAUUUAAUGAUUUUUAGAGUGGUUGGUGCAGGUUAGAAAAAUGUAGAGGGAGUCUUGAAGAGUCGACUUGUUAUGUACUAGUGUACAAUUUGACGAGAUCCAAGGUAGCAUCCUCAAUUUUUAUGGAGGGUCUGUAUCUUGUGCCUAGACCGCGACAAUAUCUGAGACUUCCCAGGAUGACAAUAUAUGUAUUUAAUGAGCGAGUUGCAAAGGAAGAAAGUUCCCUUCAGUUGAUUAUUCAUUGUGGAUUGACUUGUUAUGGAACCUGUCGAAAUGCUGAUUUAUUUGUGCAUGAGAUGGUGAGAAAGCUUUCAUACUAUGCCUAAUCAAUGAGUGUAGUUGGCCGGUGAUCAUCUCCAUUCUUAGGUGACAUUGCAGCUUUUCAGUUCCCAGAAUCCCAGCAAUGCAAGGUGAAUCAUCUUGCUAGGAUAAUUAUUUUAUGCAUUUGAUUAAGUAUUUAACUUGUCCUUUUUCCCAUUGUAUAUUAAAGAAACCUUUGAUGUCGAGCACGUUCCAUUGUACUCUGUUCUGCAAUUUAAGCGCUUAAUCAUCCUUCCUAAA